AUGACACAUUUUGUGUUGUUAAGACAUAUCAGAGACAUUAGUCAUAAUAACAUUAGCGAUGUCCAAGUUGACGCUUUUCAAGGCUUAGAGAUACUAGAAGAGCUAGAUAUAAGUUACAAUAGCCUGGAUAUUGCAGGCGACCUGCAAUCUAAUCAUAUAAGAUUACCACCUUUAUCCACGCUGAAAAAUCUUAAUCUUGCCGGCAAUCAAAUACUACUGUUAGAAGCGGAUGUUUUCUCAAAAGAGAUUAGCUUGGAAAGAUUAAAUUUAAGUCGAAAUAACCUGCUAUCGAGCAAUGUAAAAGAAUUUAUCCAGCCAUUGAAAGAAUUAAAGUCAUUCUAUUUGGAUCACAACAAGAUCACUGCAAUUAACAAAGACACAAGAAGUGGAUAUGCCAAAGCUAGAAUACUAUAUAUGGGAAAUAACUUCAUGAGUGAUGUCUGUGGUAAAACAUUUACGGGAUUUUUUUACCUCGAAACUUUAUACUUAUCAGAUAAUAAUAUUCGAAAGCUGGACGCAAACUGCUUUUCAAUUCUGAGUAACCUGAAGGAACUGCAUUUAGAGAGAAAUUUACUAGUGGAAUUUAAUCAAGAUAUUUUUAAUGGAUUAACUAGCCUAUAUACUUUGCACUCAACGCGUGAAUUUUUAUGCUGUGUAGCUCCAACUACAGUCCUAGACUGCUCCCCCAUUAAUAAUCAAGAGCAAUUAUCAACCUGUAAUGAUGUCCUAGCCCAUGUUUCUUUACGCAUUUUUGUGUGGUGUACAUCAUGUAUGAUCAUUAUUGGCAACAUCUUGACACUUUAUGUGAACAAAACCUUAGAGCAGUGCCGUAAUCCUGUACCCAAGCUCUUAGUAAAUAACUUAGCAUCUGCUGAUCUCCUCAUGGGUAUUUACUUGCUCAUUAUUGGUUUUGCAGAUGGCAUACUACACAAUCGCUAUGCCAGUAAUUUAGAAUACUGGCUGCAAAGUCCAAUGUGUGCUUUAGCUUGUUUCUUAACUGCAAUUUCUAGUGUCAUGUCAGUAGUCAUAAUGUUAAUCAUUACAGUGGAUCGUUUUAUCAAUAUCGUUUUUGUUAUGCCAAAGUUUAAAAUUACCAAGAAAUGUGCUACUAUAACUAUGAUUACAUCCUGGAGCUUGUGUAUUGUAUGUGUUGGAAUACCAGCCAUAGCAAGUAUUAACCAACAAUCUGACAAUCGAUUUUAUGAAUACAGUAGUGUAUGUAUGCCUAGUAAUAUCAAUAACCCAUACUUUGCAAAUUGGAUAUUUGUAGUUUUAGGAAUGUCAUUUCUGAUUUGGAUAGCUAUUCUAAUUAUGUACGGUCUAACUUUAGCAUCGCUACGAAAAGCAAGAUUGAAAGUGAAAAAGAAAUCAGACUUUAAUUAUGAAAAGCGUGUUGCUAUCCGAAUGCUAGUUAUUUUAACAACUGAUUUAGCCACUUGGAUGCCAUUUUAUGUCCUAUUAAUAAGUGGCGUUUUCGGAAAUGAGAUUGAUAUCCAUGCACUUCCUUUUAUUGCUAUUCUGGUUAUGCCGAUGAACUCUUGCAUUAACCCAUUUCUUUACACAUUAUCAACCAAGAAAGUUCUGCAACACUUUCGCUUUAAAUUUAGUACAAAAACUGAUACAAAUGAAUACUCACAAUCAAAUAGAUAUCGAUCAUCCAAACCGCUUCCUGAAUUUCAAGUUGAUCGAGAACUGGAUACUGCGGGUGCAAAAGUGCAGCCCGAGCAUUCUCAACGCGUAGACGUAGCUGUCACUUUUUCCAGAACUUCUAUCGCGCCGCCAUUGGGACCAAGUGACAGUGAAAUAUUAACAGGCAACAAUAGCGUAAGUAACCGACUUAAUAAAGUCGGCAUUAAGAAGUCGGGAAGCGAUAAAAAGAAAAAGUCAACGCAACUUUCUCCAUCAUCAAAUAUACUGUUCAGCUUAAGUUAG